GCAGCACUGCACCAUAUAACUACAUUAACGGGUUUACUAACCGACCAAACACACAGAGAGGAAGAGGAGACUCAGUACCCAGCAGUUAGCCGGCCUAGCUAGCUUCAGCUGGGGGUUAUUACCUGGAUUAUUUUACCCUGCGAGGAGUUUUAGAGGAGCCUGUCAUCAUGGCACUGAAGUCGGGCGAAGAGCGCCUGAAAGAGAUGGAGGCGGAGAUGGCGCUGUUCGAGCAGGAGGUUUUGGGUGGUCCUGUGGCUGUGACUGCAGGAGGCACUCCAGUGGUUGAGGCUGUUCCCGUGGCUCUGGCUGUGUCUGCAGUACCAAUCAUCCGGCCCAUCAUUGGCACAAACACUUACCAACAGGUCCAACAGAGUUUGGAGGCCAGAGCUGCUACACUGGUUGGUCCUCCUCCAGCGUUUGUUGGUCCAGCUGUCCCUGCAGUUCGGCCCCCACCAAUGAUGCGACCUGCAUUUGUUCCACACAUUUUACAGAGACCAGGGGGUCAGAGAAUGCCUAUGAUGCGUGGCCCACCUCCACAAGGUAUGAUGGCACCUCCUUUGCCCAGACCCCCUCCUCCUCCACCAAUGAUGAUGGCGCCUCCAAUGUCAGGUCCUCCUCAGCACCCAAUGGGUCCUAUUGGACCACCUAUGGGACCCAUGAGCUCUGUUUCACCUCAGGUUGAAAGGAUGAAUCCAGUGGUGUCUGUACCUCCUCGACCAGUGACUCAGGCACCUCAGAAACAUACCCCCAGCAUCAUACAAGCAGCUCCCACUGUGUAUACAGCACCCCCUGCCCCUAAGAGACCAGACCUUAGAGCACAGAGACAAGCACGCAUGGAGGAACUGGCAGCAUCAGUAGCUGAACAGCAGGCAGCUGUGAUGGCAGCCGGGCUGCUGGAAAGCAAGAAGGACAAAGUUUCAGACGACAGUGUCAUUGGGCCGAGCAUGCCAGAACCAGAGCCUGUUCACACAGAGCCAGCAGAUGCCAAUGCAGAAGAUAAGAAAAAGGGGAAGCAGGAGAAGGUACGGAAGUGCAUCCGUACAGCAGCAGGCACCACCUGGGAAGACACAAGCCUAUCAGAGUGGGACACAGAUGACUUUAGGAUAUUCUGUGGAGAUCUGGGUAAUGAGGUGAAUGAUGACAUCCUGGCGAGAGCGUUCAGCCGGUACCCGUCCUUCCUGAAGGCCAAAGUGGUGCGAGACAAGCGCACUGGGAAAACCAAGGGUUACGGCUUUGUCAGCUUUAAGGACCCUAAUGAUUACGUGCGAGCCAUGAGGGAGAUGAACGGGAAGUACGUGGGCAGCAGGCCGAUUAAGUUGCGAAAGAGCAUGUGGAAGGACAGAAACCUGGAGGUGGUUCGCAAGAAGCAGAAGGAGAAGAAGAAGCUUGGGCUUAGAUAAGCUCCAUGAGUCUGAACUGAAUCAGUGUGGUGUGAGUGUGUGAGCGAGUGUGUGCCUCCAGUCCCUGCCACACACCAACUCAACCUCAGGUGUGGGAGGACUGGGAGGAAUUAAGGACUUUUGUUGUUACCUUGACUGUUUGCGUUGAUGGUUACAGUGACUGAGAGAAGACUAGAAUCAGAAACCAGGUUAAGAACUGACAGGAUUUUGGAUUUAGGCCUGUGGCUACUGCAUUUCAUCAGCCUGUGACCUGGCUAAUUAGUAUGCUCUGAUACAGUACCUCCUCGUUUAGUAUCAUAAUUAUUUGUAGAUGUAUUAUGACGAAGAAAUUGAGUGUUUUAAUAUUUUUGCCUCAGUUUUUGUUAAUCUCGUUAACCACCAGAAACCACCAAUAUCUCCUACUUUUAGUCUCAUGUUGGAGAGAGCAGGUAAUCUGUAAUGCAAAACUUUUCAAUAAACUCAACACUGUAUUUUA